AUGGCCAUGGAUCAGAGGCUGUUCGUGGGGCUCGAUGCCGGCACUUUCCAACCCAAGGCCUCGGCGCUGUCGGAGCUGCGCUUGGCGAAGGAGGGCCUGGACUUCCGGCGCCGGGACCUCGAGGACGGCCGGAAGCGGCUGCGCGCCACGCAGCGGCGCCUCGCCGCUGCCUGCGAGGCCUUUCGGGCCGAGCGUGCUGGGCUUCAGGCAGAGCUCCGGGCCCUCGGCCAAAGCGGGGAGCAGCUGGGUCAAAGCUUGGCUUCUCAACAGGUGCUGCUGCAGCAGCAGGCCGAGUCGUUGGACCACGAGCGCCUGACUGUCGACGUCCUGAAGGAUGAGGUGCGGCGGAUGCGGGAGGAACAGCAGAAGUC